AUGCAAACUCUUAAAGAUAUAAAAAAAGAAUUGGAGUCUCAUAAGCAAGUUUUACAAAAAGAACAGAUAAAACAAAGUAGUAACUCACAGCAAGAGGCUAUAAUUGUAACUUCACAAAAUAAACAUCAUAAUGCAUUACAAGAUUGCCAAAGAAUUGAAGAUGAAAUGAGAGAGCUUAAUGAUAACCGUGAUUCAAAAAUAGAAGAUAUUAAGAAUGAAGCUGAUGCAAUGAGAACAGAAAUGACAACAAAUAAGGAAAUGUAUGAUAAUGCUUUAAUUGAGUUAGAGAAGGAAAGAGAAAAGUUAUCUGCUUUUGAUGAAGAACUUGGAGAACUUCAAAAUGCAUUUAGGGCCAAAACUAAUCAAUUAAACAACAUACAAUUGGAAAUUACAAACCUUAAUCAUGAAGUUGACAAAGUACUUCAAGAAAAGGGAAUGUCUCAACAAAUUGUUCAGCAAAUGGAAAGAGGAAAUGAUUAG